UGGAGAUAUGAGGAAUGUGUGUACAUAUGAUAACUUUGCCGUGAUAUCAGAACUAAUCCCAGGCACUAGCUACACAAUCUCAGUCAUUGCCGUCGCGGGAGACAAUCAGACAGAAGGACGAGCUCACCACGUCACUGCAGUCACAAAGCCUGAAGUAGUCAGAAAUAUCACUGUCGCUAAUGUCACAACAUCCUCUAUAUCACUGACGUGGAUUAAACCAAAGGGAAACAGCUCUUCCUACAGAGUACAGUGGACUGAUGGAAAUAUAACUCACAAUAACAGUGCGAAUACAACAAGUAUAACCAUUACUAACCUGACUGCUGGUGUACAGUAUAAAAUAACUGUUGCUGCAGUGACAAAUGAAGGCAGUACUGAGGGACAGAACACAAGUGUUUCUCAAUACACAAGGCCUGCAGCUGUUUCUGGCGUCACGGCAAUUGGAAACACAACUGCAAUGACAGUGAGCUGGAAAGAAGCAGUGGGACUGGUGGGCUCGUACGCUGUAUUGCUUUUCAGAGACAAUCUCAUGGUGAAAAACGUCACAGAUCUGAGCAACUUUACUACGAAUAUGGGGUUUACGGAUCUGAUACCUGGAGUACUUUACUGUGUGGUAGUGGUCUCCACAAGUGGACCUUUAAUGAACAGAACCUCAAGGGUUUGCAACGCAACUUUUCCCAACCCUCUUGGCCCCAUUAUGGUGGAGUCUCAGACCGUGAACUCCAUCAACUUCACCUGGCCCUUUCCAGAGGGCAUGGACCAUAACCAGGAAAACUUCAAUGUGUCCAGCCAUAACGGUUCCUCUCCGACCAGUAACAACUGGUAUGUGCUGCAAAACCUCGAGUCUGGAAGCCCCUACCAUCUCUGUGUUGUUACUGUAGGCGUGUGGCACUAUGAGAGCAGUGCAGUGACCACAUUCAACUACACCAUUCCCAACCCUCCUGGCCCCAUCGUGGUGGAGUCUCAGACCGUGAACUCCAUCAACUUCACCUGGCCCUUUCCAGAGGGCAUGGACCAUAACCAGUACAACUUCAGUGUGUCCAGCCAUAACGGUUCCUCUCUGACCAGUAACAACUGGUAUGUGCUGCAAAACCUUGAGUCUGGCAGCCCCUACAAUCUCUGUGUUGUUACUGUAGGCGUGUGGCACUAUGAGAGCUGUGCAGUGACCACAUUCAACUACACCAACCCACCCAUUCCAGAGAACUGUCAGGACCUUGUGGGGGUGAGAAACAAAGAAUACAACAAGUUCAGUCUUCAGAUCAAAAGAGGUCUGCUGGACAGCAUCAAUGGGCCAAUAACACAUGUUGGGGUGCUGCUUCUUUCUUUCUCCAGAGCCAAAGUAAGUGUGGCUGUGAGGGUGGAGGAGUUCGAAGCUUACUACAAGAAGCAGAAAGCAGACUCAAGUUGUGGCUUUGCUGAAGAAUUUGAGGACAUGAAGCUCAUUGGAACAGCUCAGUCAAAAGCACAAGCUCUGACUUUGGAGAACAAACCAAAGAACCGCUAUAACAACGUGCUUCCAUAUGACUCUUCUAGGGUGAAGCUCUCUAUAUCACAUGGGAGUCCAUAUGAGGACUACAUCAACGCUAACUACAUGCCGGGUUACAACUCCACGAAGGAGUACAUCGCUGCCCAGAGUCCUUUGCCCGCCACAGUCAACGAGUUCUGGAGGAUGAUCUGGGAGAAGAACGUACAGACUCUGGUCAUGCUGACACGCUGUAAUGAACAGGGACGAGUGAAGUGCGAGCAAUACUGGGAUCACGGCACAAAGCACUUUGACAAAAUUACUGUGACAACAUCCUCUGAAAUUGAACUUGACGACUGGACCAUCAGGGACUUUUACGUUAAAAAUGUUAAGACAGCAGAGACCCGUUUAGUGCGUCAUUUCCACUUCACGGCGUGGCCGGAUCACGGGGUACCACAAACCACAGAGCUCCUCAUCAGCUUCAUGCACUUGGUCCGAGAGCACAUGGACCAGUACUCCAGAAACUCUCCUACUGUGGUCCACUGCAGUGCUGGUGUGGGACGCACAGGUACCUUCAUCACCAUCGACCGCUUGAUCUUCCAGAUCGAAAGGGAAAACCGUGUGGAUGUGUACGGCAUCGUGCACGACCUGCGCAUGCACCGGCCCCUUAUGGUGCAGACAGAGGACCAGUAUGUGUUCUUAAACCAGUGUGCCCUGGACAUCAUCAGAUCAAGAACUGGAAACAAUGUGGAUCUAAUCUACCAAAACAGUGCUGCAAUGUCUAUUUAUGAGAAUAUAGAUCCAAAAACAGAUUACCUUCGUGCAUAGGCCCAAGAGAACACUCAGUUCUUCUACUUCUCUUUUUACUCUUAACAAAAGAACGUGCAAGAGGAAUGCUUUAAUGCAAUUGCGCUCUAUUUAUUGUUGUGUACACCUUUUGUUGAGAACCGUGUAGCUUUCUGGAUCCAAACCAACAUUUUGUGGUAUUUAUAAAUUGUAAAUGUAAGAUAUUUG